CUUUACGUCACCAGAUGACGUAUCCUUGAGCUCCCGGUUAUAAACACAGGCGCCCCGCCGUCCUCCAGUAAUUAGUCUCUUUCAAGCCUCUCAGGACGGAUAAACCGAGCCGUUAACCGGCUCACUUCCUCCCGGUGUUAACGGGAGUUUGUUGGGGUCCAGAAACUGGUUUUUUUUUUUUUACCGGAGCUGCGCAGAUAUCGGUCCCGGGGUUUCUAACCGUUUACGUUACAUUAACGGGCACUUUUCUUUCCCGCGGGUGGUCCGGUAGUCUGAACACGCUGGUUUCUGUGGAUGUUACCGGGAAAAAAAAAGCACCGUGGAGUUUAUCUCGAGACGGUGAGGUAACCGGACGGGGUCACACACGCACACACACACACACCCUCUCACACACCUAUACACGCGCACACACACAUUUCAAACAGCAGCAACCGGUUGCCGGUUGCCGAUGACGCAGAGAGGAUGAAUGGAGUUGCCGUGUUGCUGCUGCUGCUCAGCGGUGGUGCGUUCACUGCCGCCCGGUCAUUGAACGCACCGCAGGAUGGACCAACGGACGGUACUGACAGACUGACCGCAGGUGUGGACAGACGGCGUCCCCUACUGGAGAGAACGUGUCCCUUCGUCCUGGUGGACGGAAAGAGGAGGAGCCUCACCGAAGCUCUGCAGGUCAGACACCCGAGAGGUCAGAAGUCAGGCCUUCAGACCAGUGGUGAUGUCAUCAAAUUGGAGGUUUACUGGUUUACUAACUGGUUGUGUACUUUUAGUACUGGUAUUUCUCAUGUGUUUUUACUGGUUUAUGACUGGUGUUAUACUGGUUUAUUACUGGUUUAUUACUGGUGUUAUACUGGUUUAUUACUGGUGUUAUACUGGUUCAUUACUGGUGUUAUACUGGUUCAUUACUGGUGUUAUACUGGUUCAUUACUGGUGUUAUACUGGUUCAUUACUGGUGUUAUACUGGUUUAUAACCGGUGUUAUACUGUUUUUUCACUGGUGUUAUACUGGUGUUAUACCUGGUGUUAUACCUGGUGUUAUCACUGGUGUUAUCACUGGUGUUAUUACUGGUGUUAUUACUGGUGUUAUAACUGGUCUUAUAACUGGUCUUAUAACUGGUGUUAUAACUGGUUUAUUACUGUUGUACCGGUGUUGUACUGGUUUAUUACUGGUGUUGUACUGGUGUUGUACUGGUUUAUUACUGGUGUUAUUACUGGUGUUGUACUGGAUUUGUACUGGUGUUGUACUGGUUUAUUACUGUUGUUAUACCGGUGUUCUACUGGUGUUAUACUGCUUCAUUACUGGUGUUAUAACUGGUGUUAUACUGGUUUAUUACUGGUGUUAUACUGGUGUUAUAACUGGUGUUAUUACUGGUGUUGUACUGGAUUAUUACUGUUGUUGUACCGGUGUUGUACUGGUUUAUUACUGGUGUUAUACUGGUUUAUUACUGGCGUUGUACUGGCGUUGUACUGGCGUUGUACCGGCGUUGUACCGGUGUUAUACUAGUUUAUUACUGGUGUUGUACUGGUUUAUAACUGGUCUGUUACUGGUCUUUUGACCAGAAGAGUGUCCGGUACGGAGAACGUCAGGAACAUGUUUUAACGUUCUGAGUAAAUGAGGAACAGACUGUGGAUCUGGAGGAGGAACAGGAAGUGAAGUCUUUAUGUUCUCCUUCAUGAACACAACGUCUCUCUGUAAUAACUGAGAGGAAGGAAGUUGAAGCGUGGACACUUUUCACCAGGAGCUUCCUGCAGGAACUCUGGGGGGGGUGUUAGAGGACGGACACUUCCUGUGCAGCUGACAGAAGCUCUGAGAUCAUUUCCUAAACCCCCCCCCCCCCACCCUGACUCCACCCGGCUGGGAGGAAACGAGAAGUGUGUGUGUAUGUGUGUGUGUGUGUGUCUCUCUUGAUUUAUUACCUCAGUAAACAUUG